GGGCUCCUCAGGCUGCUGUGUGACCUCGUGGGACAGCCAGGCGCUCCCCAUGGGCAGAGGCACUGCUUGAACACCUGGGGAGCACCGUGUGCAGGAACAGACUGCAGGCCUGGGGCAGGGCAGUGCAAUCCUGAAUGCAGACGCCAGCACCAUGAUACCCAGCUCUUGUACAGGGCUUUCUACUUACAGGCAUGCAAGAACCUAAAUGAAGAGACAUAAAUUAUUGACCAGAAAAUGGCCCAACGAAGCCCAAUCUUCCCAACUCUCGCCCAUUCUGAAAGACGGGUUCGAAACAUCCCGCUGCACAGUCAGGCGCUGACAGCGGUCCCGCUGGCAUCUGCGAGCCUGGUGGAUCAGCUGGAGGACAGAAUCCUCAGCCAUGAGAAAACCACGGCAGCGCUUGUGGAACACGCUUUUCGCAUCAAGGAGGACAUUGUUUCCACUCUGCACAGAAUGCAGAACAAAGGGGGGGGCGAUCGGUUAGCAAGGCAGCUCCUAGAAGAACACAUCCGGAACAUAACCGCCAUCGUGAGGCAGCUCAACCGGGACAUUGAGAUGCUGCAAGAACAGAUACGUGUCAGAGACAAUCUCAGCUAUGGAACAAAUUCUACCCUAAAGAGCCUGGAAAUGCGGCAGCUUUCUGGUUUAGGGGAUCUUCGUGGAAGAGUGGCAAGGUGUGAUGCUGGGCUAGCCAGACUGUCUGCAGAGCACAAAAUCACAUACGAAAGACUUCAGAGCCUAACUAAAGACCAGCACACCUCUAAGUUGAUCUUAGAAUCGAAAAUCAAAGAGACAGAAAUACAGGUAUCGCACCUGCUGAGCCGCGUGGAGCAGGCGGUGGCGCAGCAGGAAGCCAAGCUGAAGCUGGCCUACAAGGAGAGCGCGCAGCAGCUCCACCUGCUGGACACCAAAUUAAAAAAUGCUAUUGAAGAGCUCAGCAGCCAGAUUUUGUCUGCACGCAGCUGGUUGGAACAGGAACACGAGAGGAUUGAAAAAGAGCUUGUGCAAAAACUUGACCAACUCUCAUUGACUUUUAAGGAGAACACAGAAAUGAGUGAAAGAGCUGUAGAGAUGAAAUUCAGCCAGAUGUCAGAGAAAAUCAACAAAAUAGAAGAAAUACAGAAGAUAACCAUGGAAGCGCAUGAAACACAACAGACUGAAGAAAAGAUAAAUAUUCGCAUUGGCAAACUGCAAAACGAGAUUAAUGAAGAUAUAAAAGAAAUGAAAGCUGAAGUUAAUGCUGGGUUUGCAGCUAUCUAUGAGAGCAUUGGAUCUCUACGGCAAGUUCUAGAGGCAAAAAUGAAACUUGACAGAGAUGAACUACAGAAGCAGAUCCAUCAAAUGAAGCAGGAGGUUCCAAUGUGGGGAGAGGCUGGACCAUGACCGCAAGAUUUUGACUGAGAUGAACACUUACUUAUCUGAAUAGGCAGACUAUAGCCUUGUUCCAGUCUGUAAUCCAAAUUAAAUGCAUGUACUGAAGGACAUGCUGCUGUUGCACAGGUCUGUAUGUUUACUUUGAGUGGUAAAUGCAAGCUUUUAAUAUACCAAUUGACAAGAAGCUUUUAUGGGCUGAGGUGCUCAUUUGCCACUGCACUACUCUAGCUGCUCUCAGGAGAUUACCAGCUGUAAAACUGGAGUAAUAUAUUGGUGAAGCUGGCACCUAAUUUGCUAACAGCGUUUCAGUGCUCCCCAGUUGUGUAGGCUUGAUCAGGCUAUUACAUGCUUAUAUAAGCAUCUGCA